AUGGGCACGACAUACCCAGUGCCUGCGAACGGGCAGAGCUACGGCCUGCUCAACGACGUGGAGGAGCUUGGGCGCCCAUUUGCGCCGUUCAUGGGCGAUGGGAGCGACCGCAGCCAGACGCCGCCGAGCCCGAACGCGAGCCAGAGCCAGCUGUACCGCGGUAGCGCCGCCGGUGCGAUGCAAUAUGGAGAUGGUGCGCCGGGGCUUCCACGCACAGGAUCCACGGCAGCGAUGUCCAUGCGUGCGCCGUUCCUGAGUCCCGCGUCGAGGCCGACGUCGAGCCUGUGGGCGCCGCCGAGCGUGCCGUAUGCGUACCCGCCUGCGAGCGGGAGCAGCAGCGGGUUGAACACGUACGUGGGCAGCGGCUCGGCGCUGUAUGCGGCGGGGCAGUAUCCGAGCUACCAGGACAUCCAGGCGCAGCUGCGCAAGGCGAAACCCGUCAUGCCGAGUUCCAGGUUGCCGGAGAAGCUGACGACCGAGGACAAGCCGUGGAUGCAGAUCAAGGACAAGCGCUCGUGCGCGUCGUGGUGGCUGACGUUCAUGGGGAUGGUGGCGGGCGUUGCUGGUGCGGCGGUGCUGUGCUACUUCAGCUGGACGAGCGUGUUGCUGUUGAGCAACAGCGAUUUGUGCCAGGUCUUUAGCGAGGACUGGAGUAACGGGUACACCAACAACUGGGUCGCGGACGUCGAGCUCGGUGGUUUCGGGAACGGCGAGUUCCAGAUGACGACCACAGACUCGAAGAACAUCUACACGCAGAAUAACGAGUUGUACAUUAUGCCGACGCUUACGUCGGAGGAUAUCGGGUACGGCUCUGUGCUCGACGGGUACACGUACAAGCUCUCCGGCUGCACAACCACGAACGCGACGGCGUGCUCCGUGACGUCGUCGAACAAGUCAUACACCGUUAUCAAUCCAGUUCAGACCGCGCGGAUCAGCACGCGGGGCAAGGCGAGCCUGAAGUAUGGGCGUGUCGAGGUCGUCGCGAAGAUCCCGACGGGCGACUGGCUCUGGCCGGCUAUAUGGAUGCUGCCGGUGAACAACACGUACGGGAACUGGCCGAUGAGCGGCGAGAUUGACUUGAUGGAGGCGCGCGGGAACUCGCCGGCGUACCCGGCGCAGGGCACGAACUACGUCCGCGCGUCGCUGAAUUACGGCGUGCUGCCGGGCGUGCAGACGCACCUGUUCGGGUGGUGGGAGGACAAGCGGAGCGCGUUCAGCGAGCAGUUCCACACGUACGCGCUCGAGUGGACGGACGGGUGGAUGCGGCUGUACGUCGACAGCCGGCUGCAGGCGAUGAUGAACAUCAAGAUCACGGGCAAGGGCGGGAAGAGCUUCUACGACCAGGGCAACUACCCGAGCACGGCGACGAACGGGAGCAACACGGAGGUCGUCGUGCAGGACAUCUGGUCGGAGGCGGGCGGCGGGCCGAACGCGCCGUACGACCAGGAGUUCUACCUCAUCCUGGACGUCGCGGCGGGCGGCACGAGCGGGUGGUUCCCGGACAACGUCGGCGGGAAGCCGUGGUACGACGGCUCGGCGACGGCGAUGCGCGAGUUUGCGCUCGCGCAGGACACGUGGUCGGCGACUUGGCCGUCGGACGCGGACGAUCGCGCGUUCCGAGUUGGCUCCGUCAAGAUGUGGAAGAUCGGCGCGUGCUAA